CAACACUACUUUCUCCUCCACUUGAGAUAUGCGUAUAUAUAUAAAAGUAGCACAAACGAGUUGAUAGAUAACAAGUUUGAUUCCACUCAAGCAGCUUAUCAAAUGAUGCAAAAGAUUAUCAUUAUUGAUCUUUUCUAUAUUUUCCUUUCUAUUUCUACAGCGCAAACAAACUGGGUUAGGGUUGGUUAUUAUUGUGAUUCAACAGACAAGAUCCCCGUUUCGGACAUAAAUUCUUCUCUCUUCACCCAUAUUAUUCAUUAUUCUGUCGACGUGAAUUCCACCUCCUACCAGCUUUCUUUCUCACCGGCUGAAGAAGAACACCUGUCUAAUUUCACACGUACUGUCAAACAAAACAACCCUUCUGUCACUACACUGCUAUCCAUUGCGGUUACAGACGAAAAUCAUGCAACCUUUUCUUCAAUGGUAAGCAAUCCUUCUCACAGAAAAUCCUUCAUCGAUUCCUGGAUAAAAAUAGCCCGAUCUUACGGCUUUCAAGGCCUUGACUUUCCUUGGUAUCAUCUAGACACAUCUUCUGAUAUUUUCAAUGUGGGUGUUCUAUUUCAAGAGUUAAAAGCUGCUGCUGAUUUAGAGGCGAAAAACUCCAACCAGUCCCGACUAAUCUUGACGGCUCAGGUUGACUAUUCGCCAACGGUAUACUCAGAAAAUUACCCUAUCGAGAAGAUGCAACAAAAUUUGGACUGGGUCCAUGUUGUGUCAGAAAGUCUUACUGGACCUCUCUUGAGCAAUCUUACCGGUGCUCAAGCACCUCUGUAUGAUCCAACUACUCGUCGUAAUACGAAUUACGGUAUAACAGAAUGGAUCAACCAAGGAUUAUCAGCAAAUAAAAUUGUUUUGGCUUUGCCUUUCUAUGGCUAUGCAUGGUCGCUCAAGAGCCCGAGGGACAAUGGUAUUGGUGCAGCAGCAACGGGACCCGCUGUAGCAGCAACGGGACCCGCCGCCGCCAUUGCUGAAUAUGACGAUGGAUCAGUAAGCUAUAGGGAAAUCAAGAAUUACAUUGAGCAAUAUGGUCGAGAUGCUCCUGUAAUGUAUAAUUCAACUUAUGUGGUGAAUUACUGGUCAAAGGAAACAACUUGGAUUGGUUUUGACGAUGUUGAGGCCAUUAGAGCUAAGGUUUCUUAUGCCAAGGAGAAAAGGUUACUAGGCUACUAUGUGUCGGAAGUCUCCUACGAUUUUAACUGGGUGCUUUCUAAAACUGCAGCUGAAGUGGAGAUAAAAAAUUUCACAGUUCAGGGGGAUAAAAAUUUCACAGUUCAGGUGGAUAUUGAAAGUAGAAAAAAUAAAAAGGGGUCUUCGUUAGUAAUCCCCUUGUCUACAACAGCUGCUGGUGCCCUUCUAAUAGGAAUAUUUUUUAUAUUUUACUGCUGGAGGAGAAAUAUAAAAUUAAAAGCAUCAUCUGCUGGAGAUUUUAAUUCCAACAUUCCUAGUCUGACAGCAUAUACGUUGGCGGAGAUAGAGGCAGCAACCAAUGGAUUUUCAAUUGAAAAUAAGCUUGGACAAGGAGGAUAUGGCCCUGUUUACAAGGGAAUAUUGCCAAAUGGAGAGGUAAUAGCAGCGAAGAAACUUUCAAAAACGUCCACCCAAGGAUUUGAGGAAUUUAAGAAUGAGGUUAUGCUUACUGCCAAGCUCCAACAUCUAAAUCUUGUCCGAGUUUUGGGUUUUUGCAUUGACAAGGAAGAACAAAUACUCAUCUACGAAUACAUGCAAAACAAAAGCUUAGACUUUUACCUUUUCGAUCCUAUUAGACGGCUUAGUUUGGAUUGGAAAAAGCGUGUGCAUAUUAUUGAAGGAAUUAUUCAAGGACUUUUAUAUCUUCAAGAAUAUUCAAGGUUAACCAUUAUUCAUCGAGAUUUAAAAGUAAGCAACGUGUUAUUAGAUAAAAAAAUGAAUUCCAAAAUAUCUGAUUUUGGAAUGGCUAGAAUAUUUGCCAAAGAUGAUCUUGAAGCAAACACAAGUCGUAUCGUAGGAACAAUUGGCUAUGUUCCUCCUGAAUAUGCUCUAAGAGGCACAUACUCAACCAAAUCCGAUGUUUAUAGUUUUGGGGUUCUACUUCUACAAAUCAUAAGUGGCAAAAGGAUUUCCCUUCUGUAUGGUCCAAAUGAAAAUUUAAGUCUUCUAGACUACGCAUAUGAGUUGUGGAAUCAUGGUAAAGCCAUGGAAUUCAUGGAUGAAACACUAGACGAUACAUCUUUGUCAUGUAAAUUGACGAGAUGCUUGCAUAUAGCUUUGUUGUGUGUCCAAGAAAAUCCAAUGGAUAGGCCAUCCAUGCCAGAAGUUUUCUCCAUGCUCAAAACUGAAAUGUCCAAUAUGAUGAUUCCAAAGAAGCCUGCUUUCUCAAAACAAAAUGAAUCAACAACAAUACACUUAAAAGGUCAUUCAGGGUAUUCUUCAUCAAUUAAUGAUGUAACAAUUUCAGAUGUUUCCGCUAGAUGAAUUACAAAUAUCAUUGUGUCUGCAAUGUUGCAAAUUGGAUAUGAUAAAUCCCUUCUCACUUUAGUUUUUGUGUUCAAUAAAAUUAUAUAUACUCAGUUUUAAGUA